GCCACAGCCCUGCCUGGGGUGGGGAAGGGAAGCUGAGCUCCCUGCAGCAGCACUGCCAUGGGGUACCUGCCUCCUGCCCAGAGAUGUGCUGUCCUGCAAGAAGACAGAAGGAAAAUGGUGUAUGUCUCCUGAGCUGUGCUGCCUCAGGUAGGUGGAUGCUCUGUAGCUUCCUGCUUCAGGGCUGGAGGUGGAGGGAUGCCUGGGACAGCCUUCCUUGGUGGCACAGAGGGCUGUGCUCAAGCCCUUUCCCACCAAUGUGAAGCGUCUGAUGUGAAGAGGAGCUGCAGUGGCAACUGUAGUGCGGCUGGUGCAGAGAAAGCUAAGGAAGCACGCAGGGUGUUUCCUGGGAUGUAAAGUCACAGGGGCAGCAGAGAUGGUGGUGGCUGCAUGCCAGGAGCCUGGGUGGCAGAGGGCCCAGGCUGUCUGCCCUGCCCUGAGGGCUGGCACAUAGCCAGGGUCAAGUGCUCAUCCAGCAGCACAAGGUUGCAGAGGUGCCUGGGCUCCUCAGCCUGCAGGAGGUGGCCAAUGCAAGCACAAUAGAGAAGUCUGGAGUGGCAUGAGAGCAGUGAAAUCCCCGUGGCAAGAGAACAGAAGGCCCCACAAUUGUGACAAGAGCUUGUUCUUCACACACUGGCAGCACCUCGCCGUGAUAGGUGAUGAGCAUCAGUGGCCUGGAGGGAAACAGGGUGUGCUGUGACAGCACAUCUGACUGAGGGGGAGCAGCCCUACCCUCCGCUCAUCUUUUGUGGUCCUUGGCACCUGCAGGUUACCAAGAGGACUUAGGUGAACAUCUACCAUGUGUUGUCCAGCAGCUCUAACUCCCUUCCUCUAUCACUGCCUCAGCCACAGGCACUCUCUCAAGCUGUGAAAUAAAUGGUGGAGUUUUUUUUUUGCUGUGCACUGAAGCACCAAGCUUACUUUCCUUGCAGGGUGCCAGGCACUGGGAAGUGCCCCCUGAGCACCCAAAGUCCCUCUGCUGGGUUGCGUGGUGCUGAGCACAGAGGCUCCUCCAUUCUGUCCAUGAAUGGCUGUCACUGGGAGGAAUCACAGUCUCUGGGGCAUGGAGUGGAGACGACAGACCCCAGAAAGGCUCAGCACCCCAUGUCAGCUGCCUCUAGGAGAGCAAACCUUUGUGGGAGAGAAGUCUUCUCUGGGAAGAAAAGGGGCUCAUCAGGGAGAGGGGUCAAUGACACCCCACUCCUCUUAAAGGGUUUGCUUGGGUUCAGGGGUGCUGUGGCUCUCACCUGCCUCUGCCAGGAACCUACUGCAGGCCUGGGUGUGGGACACUGCUCACCACCUCGGUCCAGGUGUCUCCAGUGUAUUUUCUUGGCUUAUCAGCUCCUUCUCCCAGCACCCAGGUCAGUCAUCAGUGAUGCUGGAGAGCAGUUCCCAGUCAGGCAGACUAGACACAGGAUGCUCUGUAGGGCUGGCAGGAGCUGGUGGCAGAUGUGUACCCCACAGGGAGAUGAUCCCUGCUGCCUUUGUCACUGCCCCCUCCUGAGCGGCAGGUUUGCUUUAAAGACCCUGGCUUCGUUUUAUUACUUCCCCUCUCAAAUUUCAGCUGGUUGCAAGGGCUAUUUUUAGCAGCCUGCCUUCUAAAAAUAGCCCUGAGCUGUUUGGAGUUGCGUCACAAGAGGUAAUUCUCGACGGUGAGUGGCUUGGCCUCUGCACCCCGGGAGGGUACAAAAGGAGGCCAGGAGCAGCAGGGUCAGCAGGUUCAGCUACAGCCAGAGGCGAAGGAGACAGCGGUUCCCUGCCAGCUCCAGGCCAUCCCAGCCCCAGCAGCAUGACCAUCUUCUGCAGCCACUGCCACCGGCCACUGCAGGCAGAGAUGAGCUGCCUGCCCGCGAGGGCCAAGCAGGCGCCCAGCGCCUCAAGGCCAUUCAGGCAGGGAAUGCUGUCCCUUCCCCUCCCUGGACACAUGUCCCAGGUGCCUGGCUUUGCAGGUCAACCAAGAGUGCUUCCAAGGCUCGCCGAGACCAGAUCAAUGCAGAGCUGCAGGCGCUGCGCUCCCUGCUGCCCAUCUCUGCACAGGAAAAGGAGCGGCUCUCCUACCUCCACACCAUGGCCCUGGUGUGCCUCCGGCUGCGAGGGGCUCAGCUGUUCCCUCCAGGCUUGGCUCCUCCUGUAGGACCAGCCCUUGGCACAGAACUACUCUCCCUGCUCCCGGGGUUUCUGCUUGUGCUCUCAGCAGACAGCAAGCUGGUCUACAUCUCAGAGAACGUGGCUCAGGUCCUGGGCCUCUCCAUGGUGGAGCUGCUUGCCCAGGGGGACACGGUCUUUGACAUCCUGGAUGGGCGAGCAGGGGAGGAUGUGCACAAGAAGCUCCUCCUUGCUCGGGAGGAGCCUGGCAGGGAAGUCACUUUUGUCAGCGAGAUGCGCACGUCCAAGGCGUUCCGGCUGCAGCAUGGGGGGAAUCGGGUCGUGGCAGUGUGUGGGCGCUUUGUGGCCCUGCACUGGCCACCCUCCCCCUCCACCACAGCCUUCCUGGCCCUCUGCACACCCGUUGUGCAGUCCCCCACCGAUGGUGAAGCUGCUUCCCAGGAUGACAUAUUCCAGAGUCUGCAUCUCCUGGACAUGACGUUUAUUGAUGUCACGGAGAGUGUCACCUACCACCUAGGCUACCACCGGGAGGAGCUGGUCGGCCAGUCGUGGUACAGCCUCCUGCACCCUGAGGAUGCUGACCUGGCAGCUGCCCAGCACAGGGCCGUGGCGCUGGGGGCCGGGGCCGGGCCGGCAGCGGGGACCGCCGUGCUGCGAGUGCUGCGCAGGGACCGCGCCUGGACCUGGCUGCGCGUGUGGGCGCGGCGGGACGGCGGCUGCAUCACCUGCACCUGCCGCUGCCUCAGGGAGGAGGAGGCGGCCCACCUGCGCGCCCGGCAGCCCCGCGCCGCCGCCCCGCCCGCGGGCCGGGAUCUCGGCCGGCUGGCCGAGCAGCUCCGCGCCCUGGCGGACAGCCUCUCGCCGCCCGCCGCCGCCGCGCCCCGCCGCUGGCCUCAUCCCGAGGAAGCCGAAGACGAUGCCUCUGUCUGCCUUGGGAACUCUCUGCUGCACCCUCCCCAGUUCCUUCGGUUUCCUUUCGAACAGAAGAUAGGAUGCAACAUUCCAAGUGUGCUCUCACAGGUGUCAGGCGUUCAGAGAUGCUGACACCCCUUGGUCUGCCGGCUGUACCUUUCCUAAUGCAGGCCUCUGUGUGCAACCACAUCUCCUUUCAGUCUGCUGGUCACUUCUAACACCUGCAGCUGAUCCAGUUGGAGGCCAUGGCAAACCUUCGUUUCAUACACUUGGUGCUUGUAUUAGGAACUUAGUCUAGGCUGCGAUAGAUCCGGCAUCAGGACGGCUCAGUCUAGCAGGGCAAAGAGAUCCAGAGCUUGCACUUAAAAACACUUAUUGACGACUUAGUUGGAUAACGCCAGGACCUUUGUGUACGCGACCCAUUCAGAAAGGGAGGACUUUUGUUAAAAAAAAAAAAAAAAAAAAAAAAAAAAAAGGAAAAAAAAACCCAAACACCCCCCUCCCAAAAAUAAAAAUACCCGAAACAAACAAUAAACGCCGCUCUCCCACG